AUGGAGGACCCCUUCAGCCCCUCAACUCCGGCGCCGGCGCCCAACCUCUCCGUACCCAUCUCGCUGGACUGGGGUCUCAACCUGACUUCCGGACAGGGAGCCCCAGUCCCGGGGCCGCCGCCAACGCCGCCGUCCGGGCCUCCCAGCCGCCGCGUCCGCCUGGUCUUCCUGGGGGUCAUCCUGGUGGUGAUGGUGGCCGGCAACGCUACGGUACUGUGCCGCCUGUGCGGGGGCGGCGGGCCCUGGGCCGGUCCCAAGCGUCGCAAGAUGGACUUCCUGCUGGUGCAGCUGGCCUUGGCCGACCUGUAUGCGUGCGGGGGCACCGCGCUGUCGCAGCUGGCCUGGGAGCUGCUGGGCGAGCCGCGCCGGGCCGCGAGCGACCUGGCGUGCCGCUUCGUGCAUCUGCUACGGGCAUCCGGCCACAGCGCGUCGGCCCACCUCGUGGCGCUCAUUGCCCUCGAACGCCAGCGCGCCGUGCGCCGUCCACAGGGCCCGCCGCUGCCCGCGCGCGCCCUCGCCGCCCUGGGCUGGCUGCUGGCGCUGCUGCUGGCGCUGCCCCCGGCCUUCGUGGUGCGCGGGGGCGCCCCCUCGCAGCCGCCCGCCGCGCCUCCGGCCGCCCGCGCCUGGCCCGGGGAGCGUCGCUGCCGCGACAUCUUCGCGCCGCUACCGCGCUGGCACCUGAUGGUCUACGCGCUCUAUGAGGCCGUCGCGGGCUUCGUGGCGCCGGUCGCGGUCAUGGGCAUCGCUGGCAGCCGCCUGCUCUGCGCCUGGCGGCAGCGCCCGCCCCAGGCCCCAUCGGCCGCGGCGCCCAGGUCGGCCAGUCCCGGCCAAGCCCCCGCGCCCAACGCGCUGCCCCGCGCCAAGGUCCAGAGCCUGAAGAUGAGCCUGGUGCUGGCGCUGCUGUUCGUGGGGUGCGAGCUGCCCUACUUCGCUGCCCGGCUGGCGGCCACGUGGUCGUCUGGGCCGGUGGGAGACUGGGAGGCCGAGGACCUAGCGGUGGCGCUGCGCCUCCUGGGGGUGGCCAACAGCGCUCUCAAUCCCUUCGUCUACCUGUUCUUCCAGGCGGGCGACUGUCAACUCCGGCGGCGCUGGCGGAGGUGCCUGGGUGCAGUGUGCUGCCCGCGGGAGGGAGUCGCGGAGGACGACGAGGGCGCCCGGGGCCACCAGGCGCUCCACCGCCACCGCUGGCCCCACCCACAUUAUCACCACGCUCGGCGGGAGCAGCCGGAGGAGGGUUACUUGCGCCCACCCCCGCCGCGUCCCCGGUCGCUGCCCUGCUCCUGCGAAAGCGUCUUCUAG